UUGCAAAGCAACUAUAACUUUUACAGCAUAGUUGAAGCGUGUGUGGCGCAGCAGACCGUCGAUCGAAUACCUCCAACCUGCCCUAAGGAAGGACGCCUGAGCCCGCUUACACGUCUUGCUCAAAAUGCCUUGUUGCGGUGGCCAUGGUGGAGGGCCAAAGCUGCCACCAGUCCUUCAGUAUCCGCCUCGAGACUAUUGUAGCGAUGUGGCCGGAGAUGCGCUGCAGAACCUUUCAGUACUGAAGACGCUUAGCGAACACGUUGAUGCCGCUACGGCUGUGGCUUGCUAUUCAGUUUGUCGGGCUUGGAGGGAAGCGUUUGGGCUGAGCUGCCUAAAUUCAACCCUUUGUUCCAGCGAGGCUGUGGAUGGGACGCGCUCUCGCUUCGCGGCCAACCUUCACGGCGCGGUGACGCUCGAAGUCACCCACCCAGCUCCCCAAUCCCAGCGAGGCUUCGACCGCCACAUCUCCUCGCUCUCCCGCAACCGCCACUUCAUCCAACUCAAAAUCCACCUGCCCGUCCGUGAAGCCUCCGAACCGCAGCUCGCCCUCGCCUCCCUCAGCUCGCUGCACCCCCUCACGCAGCUGACCUCGCUGGUCGUCUCCCGCAACCCAGCCUUCACCGGUGCGCCGCACACGCUCAGCGAGGAUGACGUGCGCGCUCUGUGUCACCUGCGCGGCCUUGCCUUUCUGGAGCUCUGCACUGCCGUACCACCGCCGCUGGGGCUAAGUGCGCUGGCCUCGCUGGCGACUGCCUCGCUGACGCAGCUGCGCACGCUGGCGUUCGGGCACAUGUCUGCGCUGUGGAGGAUUCCGCAGGUGUCCGCGCUCGUGCAGCUGCUGGACGUGUGCCCGCUCCUCACCGACCUGCGCCUCCGCUGCUGCGCGCCACCGCGGGAUGCCAGGCAGCUGCCCGAGCUCAUGGCCCUGCCGCUGUCGCAGCGCCUGACCAACUUUGCACUCACCUUUGCCAGGCGGCUGGCCAGGGGCGAGGGAGGCGGCGGCGGUGGCGCUGGGGGUGCAGCCGCAGCGGCUGGUGCAGCUGAUGAUGAUGAGGAGGGGCAGUUCGGAGAGUACGAGGAUAUGGACGAGCCGUGGGACUCGGUGGAUCAUCUGGCUCCGAAACCCGGGCUGCAUGUGCUGAUUGUGGAGAAGGGCGUGCGUGUGACGCGUAUGGACGUCAAUGUGACCAUCAGCGUGUCAGCUUCGGACCUGCCGUCUGUGAGCAUGGCGGGGUCUCGGGCUGCGGGGCGGCGGCGCCGGAGGGGCGACCGCCGGCAGCAGCGCCAGCAGCAGCAGCAGGGAACGAGGAGCGAGGAGGAGGAGAAGGCGGCGGCUGCUGAUGCCUCCGCCGUUGGAGGGUCUAGCGGCGCUAGCGGCAGCCGUGCUGCUGCAGGGACUACUGCUCCGUCCGACAAGGACAAGGAUGCUGGUGAUGUUCAUGAUGAGAAGGGUGAUGACGUGGCAGCUGCUGCUGGUAGCGAUGACGAGGAUGAUGACGAGGACGAGCAGGAUGACGAGGAUGUCGUACCGCCGUACGAUGUGACUCCGAUGGUGCUCGCGGAGUACGAACGGCUGCUGCAGCAGGAGCUCGGACUCACGGGCACCCUAGCCGAGCCCGAGGACCUGCACCUGGGCGUGCGGCUGGACAUCCUGGAGGACGAGGAGGACUUCUUCGCGGCCGUGAACAACAUGCAGCAGCAGCUGCACCAGCACCUCCAGCAGCAGCUGCAGCAGGUGCACCAGCAGGUGCAGCAGGCGCAGCAGCAGCAGGCGGGGGCGGGGGCGGGGCCGGCAGGAGGGCCACUCAACAUGGUGCUACAGGCCAUGCAACACGGCUGGGAACUGGUUGGCGGAGGCGGAGGGCAGCAGCAGCAAGGAGGAGGAGGAGGAGCGGGGGCAGCCGCAGCGGGUGGCGCGGGCGGUGGUGCGGGUGCCGGGCAGAUGCCUCCAGCCCUGGCGCUGCUCCUCAACCACCUAGCGCAGCUUCAGCUUGGAGGAGGGGGCGGAGGAGCAGGAGCAGGAGCAGGUGGUGGUGCCGGGGGCGCCGGCGGAGGCGCAGGCGGUAACCACCCCCACCCCCACCACCCUCACCCUCCCAACCACGCACAACACCAGGCCAACGGCGCUCCUGCGGGUCGCCGGCCGCUGGACGCGCGUGUCGUACAGCUGCAGCUGGGCCCGCUGAGCCCGCACAUGUGCUACCUGAACCUGGCGCUGGUGCCCAUGGUGACGCAGCUGGCGGUGGCGCCGGGGCUGGGGGCGGCCGGGGAGGCGCUGCUGCCGCCGCAGCCCCCCGCGGACACCCGCGUGGCACCUGUGCUGCUGGAUGUGAGGGGCGGGGGCUACACGCAGCUCAAGUCGCUGGCCAUCACGGGAUAUGUGGACCAUGAGUGCAGACCCGCCACCUGGAUGUCCCGCGGCUGGCUGUCCCGGGUGCCCGCCGGCAUGCCCUCCCUCGAGUACCUCGCGCUGUACGACACUCUGCCGUCAGCCGCCAACGACCCAACCGCCAUCAAUGGUCUCCGUUCGCUCUCCCGCCUUGAGCACCUGGAGCUCCGUCCCCUCUACCUCCGCUUCACGGGCGAGGUGCCCUGCCCGCUCUCCGUGCCGCCUCCCGCCCUGCCUCCGCGCCUCCUGCAACUCACCCUCAAGAAGAUUACCAUCCCCACUCCGCCCGCCCUGCCACCCGGCACCGACCCCAACUCCCCCGCCGCCCUGGCAGCCCUCCCCGACCUACCCGACCUCACCCACCUCUGGCUCUUCGAUUGCGCCGCGCCCGACCUCACCGUUUUCCGUCGCGCCACGCGGCUGGAAGAUCUCCGCCUGGGUGGUACGACAACCACCACGCCGCUGCGAGAUCUGCUGGCGCCCUUCCGCUGCCUGCGGGGCGUCAUCCUGGACGUCAGCCACUCCUCCGCGCCCGGGUGGUGGUCCGCCGGGCAGCUCUCGGCGCUGUCAGGGCUGAGGUGCCUGCGUCAGCUGCAGCUGGAUGCGGCAUCGCUGGAGCCGCCGCAGCCGCCGACGGCGGCGACGGCAGCGGCGGCAGCCAGUGGUGCGACCUCUUCGUCGCAUGCCGCCGCAGCCGCCGGGGGUUCUGGAUCGUCGGCAUGGGCUGCUAGGGCGACGGUGGCGGACUUGGUGGAUGAGGAUGACGACGACAGUGACGCAUACAUGAGUACGGAGGAGGAUGCUGGCGCCGCCGGCACUGCAGGUGCCGUACUUGGUAGCGGUAGUGGUGCGGGGCCGUCGACGUCGGCCGCAGCGACGGCGGCGGCGCAAGGAGGGCAGCAACAGCCAGCAGAGAACAGCGGCGGUGGCGGCGGUAGUAGCAGUAGCAGCAGCACAAGCAGUGGCGGAAGCAGUGGAGAUGACUUGACUUCGGUGUUGGGCGCGCUUGCUGGCUUAACUCAGCUCACUGACCUGACGCUGUCGUUCGACACGCCGACGCUGUUUUACGAUCCGGAGGAAGGCGGCGAUGAAGAAGACGACGCGGCGACGACGACGCCGGCUGGCGGCGCCGACAGCGAUGAUGAAUCCGACAUCGAGACGGCUGACGACACGAGCGACGCUUCGUCUUCUGGGGCCGCCGGAGUCAGCGCUCUGCGGCGCGCGGCAGCAGCAGCAGCUCGUCGCAAAGGCAAUGCAGGCGGCGGCAGCGACUCGGCGCCGCCGCCGCGUCGCGACCACUCAGAGCGAGUGUACGACGCGCUACUGGCGGGUCAGAGCUUCGUAGCGCUGGCGGCGCUGCAAGGGCUGUGGCGACUGCGGAUCGGACUGCCCCAUGGGUCGGUUUGGGAGGACGUUACGGAGCGGCUGCUGCCGGCGCUGCGGUUGGCGCUGCCACGGACGGCGGUGGAGAUGGAUGUGCUGUGAGGGGAGGGGUGGCUGCCUGGGAGAAGGGAAGGAAAAGGAACAUGAAGAACGGAGAGCGAGAGUCAUCGCCUGUUUAGAUGUUUCAUGACGUCGUAAUGGGCGCUAAUAAGGUCGCAAUGGUUGUAGCGAGUUUGGUAAAAUCGGAUGAGCGAGAGUUCCAAGAUACCAUGAUAAUGGAGGCGCAUGAUUGUGUGCGUGCCUUUCUCGAGGCCUGCUGAAGAUGAAAGGCGGCCUGCAGAGGCGUAUAGCAUGCUGCAAACUGGAGGGGUCCUGGCCUCGCGCUUGUGACGCAGUAUAUGGGGCGGAAGGAACAAGGAAGGAGCAAGUUUUUGUACAUCCGUACAUCCGUUGGCUGCAGGGUUGGCACGAGGAUUGGACGCUUUGCAUUGUAUGUUCGUGUACUGGUCAAGCAAUAGUUAGGUGCUAGGCGCUGUGCGGCGGAGUAGGGCAGCGGAGGCAAUAGUGUUGUGGCCUGCUGCUGCCUUUCAGGGUUCAUGCAUGUUCGCUGCUUCGCUAGGUGGCGGCUGUGGUGUGCUUGCCUGGUGGCGGUUGUGUGCGCACCUCUCCAAGAGCACGUGUCGCAUACAUCGCACGUAAAGGGAUAAGCUGUUACAGUCUUAAGAUGAGUCGUGUAAUGACUCUUCUGGGUCGUGUACGGGUGCUUGUGCUUUCGUCCGUGCGCUCGUAGGGGUUUUAACUGCAUUAUCACUCUGAUGCCCGCCGUCUGCGUGUUUCCAGGCUGCGGCCCUUACCGGUAUAUUGCUGCUGCUGUUAGAUCAACUGACCUCGAUUGUAAACGUAAACGUACGA